UCUUCUCCUCCUCUCACACGCGGAGCAGCAGUUUGGACCGCUGAGCUCCGCUGUCCGAACGGGGAAACGAGGAGACCGACGGUGGAGGAGAGAAGGUGAAGGAUCGAAAAAAGGCGAAGCGGCGCGCGGAGGCUAAAUCAAAGUAACGUUAUCCGGAUCCAGCUAGGACGAGUUCUGUUUUUUUUAUUUUUUCUGGCCCGGUUUCGCUUCGACUAGGUUCUACAAGAGGAUGACCUCGGCGCCGUAGAAACCCCUGGGCUGUGUUAAUUCCCUCCUCCCCCUUGUUCCAGUUUUCGCUUUGGAAAUUACUGGAAGUUUUUACUCUUCGCGUCGGAUUUGCUGAGGAAAACUUUUGGAGAAUGAAGAGGAGAAAAUUCCAGGAGCUGCUCUGCUGAACGCUUUUUUUUUUUUUUAAACCGUUUUGUGUUCUGGACCUCCAUCCGUUUCCAAGCUGGCUGAAGGAGCUGGACCGGGUUUGGAAUGGGGAUCUAGUGCGCGGACCCUGACGAGUAAAGUUGUUGAAUCGACGUGCAGUGACUGACCCGAACCUUUUUCAGCCUCCUGAUACAGUUCGACACCAUGGAGGAGUGGAGACAAUGCGGGCGGUGGCUGAUCGACUGUAAGGUUCUACCCCCGAACCACCGGGUCGUCUGGCCCUCGGCGGUCGUCUUCGACCUGGCACAGGCCCUACGGGACGGGGUGCUCCUGUGCCAGAUGCUGCACAAUCUGUCACCCGGAUCCGUGGACCUGAAGGAGAUCAACUUCAGGCCCCAGAUGUCACAGUUCCUGUGCUUGAAGAACAUCCGAACUUUUCUGAAAGUGUGCCAUGACAAGUUUGGCCUCCGCAACAGUGAGCUGUUUGACCCGUAUGACCUUUUUGACGUCAGGGACUUUGGAAAGGUCAUCUCCGCUUUGUCGAGGAUCUCCCACCACAGCAUUGCACAGAUCAAAGGAAUCAGGCCCUUUCCAUCAGAGGACACGGCUCUGAAUGAGGACGAUGUUUACCGGAGCUUGGAGGAGCUAGCAGAUGAGCACGACCUGGGUGAGGAUGACAUCUACGACUGUGUGCCAUGCGAUGACGAUGGCGAUGACAUCUAUGAAGACAUCAUUAAGGUGGAAGUACGACAACCCAUGAUCAGAUAUAUGCAGAAAAUGGGAAUGACUGAAGAUGACAAGAGAAACUGCUGCUUAGUGGAAAUCCAGGAAACCGAGGCAAAGUAUUACAAGACCUUAGAGGACAUCGAGAAGAACUACAUGAUCCCAUUGAAGCAAGUCCUAAGUCAGCAGGAGAUGGAGGCCAUCUUCGUCAACCUUGAGGAUGUAAUCAAAGUCCAUUUCACCCUCCUGAGAGCCAUCGACCUGAACAUGGUCAACGGGGGGAGUGGCCUGGGGAAGAUUUUCCUCGAUUUUAAAGAAAGGUUGCUGAUUUACGGUCAGUACUGCAGCCACAUGGAAAACGCCCAGAAGACACUGGACGAGAUCAUAGCAACACGAGAUGACAUCAGGAUUAAAGUUGAGGAAUGUACACUGAAGGUGCAGGAGGGAAAGUUCAAGCUGCAGGAUCUGCUGGUGGUUCCCAUGCAAAGGGUUCUGAAGUAUCACCUACUACUGAAGGAACUUUUGAGUCACUCAACUGACCGGCCGGAGAGGCAGCAGCUCAAAGAGGCUCUGGAGGCGAUGCAGGACUUAGCCAUGUACAUCAACGAAGUGAAGCGGGACAACGAGACGCUGAAGAAAAUCAGCGAAUUCCAAAGUUCAAUAGAAAACCUUCAGCAGGUAAAGCUGGAGGAGUACGGGAGGCCGAAGAUCGACGGAGAACUGAAGGUCUGCUCUAUCGUCAACCGAACAAAGCAGGACCGGUACAUAUUCCUGUUUGAUAAAGUGGUCAUAGUCUGCAAGAGGAAAGGCUACAGCUACGAGCUGAAAGAAAUUAUCGAACUGCAGUCCUACAAAAUGUCUGAUGACCCCAUGAACAACCGAGACAUGAAAAAGUCAAGUGGAAAAAUGUGGUCAUAUGGUUUUUACCUGAUUCACCUUCAGGGGAAGCAGGGGUUCCAGUUCUUCUGUAAAACUGAGGAGAACAAGAGGAAGUGGAUGGAGCAGUUUGAGAUGGCGAUGUCUAACAUCAAGCCGGAGCGAGCUACAGCCAAUCAGCACAACUUCCAGAUGCACACGUUUGACAAAAACACCAACUGUCGAGCGUGCAAGAUGCUGCUGAGGGGGAUUUUUUAUCAGGGUUAUUACUGCUCGCGCUGUGGAACAGGAGCCCACAAAGAGUGUCUGGAAAUCAUCACCAUCUGCAGAAUCAAUCCACAUGAUUUGGAACCUGGAAUGUCAUCAGGUCCUAAGAUGGUGGCGGUGAGGAACUAUCACGGCACUCCGGCACCACCAGGGAAGUUGGCGUUGUCAUUUCAGACUGGAGACUUCAUCGAGCUUCUGAAGGGAGAUCCUGACACUACGUGGUGGGAGGGCAAAAUGAUCCAAACACAAAAGAGCGGCUUCUUUCCCAGUUCAUGUGUAAAACCUUAUUUGGACCCAAAGCCCUUCCCGUCAUUAUCCAGCCGGCAGUCAUCGAAAGAGGUGGAUUAUUACGGAUACCCUUGGUUUGCGGGUAACAUGGAGCGUCAGCAGGCCGACAACCUCCUAAAGUCACACAGCAGCGGAACAUACCUGAUCCGAGAACGGACGGCGGAGGCAGAGAGAUUCGCCAUCAGCAUCAAAUUUAACGAUGAAGUGAAGCACAUUAAAGUCAUCGAGAAAGACAGCUGGAUUCACAUCACCGAGGCCAAGAAGUUCGAGAGUCUUCUGGAACUGGUGGAGUAUUAUCAGUCCCAUUCACUGAAAGAAAGCUUCAAACUGUUGGACACGACGCUGCGAUACCCUUACAAGUCCAGAGAGCGCUCGCUAACACGGACCACGACUCGCUCGCCAGCCACCUGCGCCUCCUACAACUUCUCCUUCCUCAGUCCACAAGGCCUCAACUUCUCCUCCUCUCAGACCUCCGCUCCCUUUUGGUCAGUGUUUACACCGCGGGUGGUCAGCACGGCGGUGGCUCGCUAUAACUUUGCGGCGCGAGACAUGAGAGAGCUGUCACUGCGAGAAGGCGACAUCGUCAAAAUCUACAGCAAGAUUGGCGGAGACCAGGGCUGGUGGAAAGGAGAGGCCAAUGGACGGAUCGGUUGGUUUCCCUCCACCUACGUGGAUGAAGAAGGAGUCCAGUAAAACCUCUGCUGGAGCCGUCUGACUUUAAAUCAGGAAACAUCUUUUGUCUACUGUUCUCAAUAGAAAAUUGCUCUCCAGGAAAAAUAACGAGGACUAAAUUAAAUUUUCAAUGUUGUUUUGCUGGAUUUCUCAGUGAGCAUUUUGACUCCAUUUAUCGCCAAUUAUGCAUCAGCUUUGUUUUUUGUUUUUUUCCUGUAUGGGGGGAAAAAAAGUCCAACAGGAAGUGACAGUGGGUAGCUUUACUUUAAAAAGGCUUCCUUUUGUUGCAGGUCUGUGCAAGAUGAAACAAAUGUACAGUAGCAGAUAAUUUAUUGAAUAGAGAUUAUUACUAAUGAUUAUUGUGAGGACAUCAGUGUUGAUUUUAGCAACAGCAGAGAAUCAGAGGAGGAGGAGGGG